AUGGCUUCCCGAACCGCGACGAGGGCGCAGAAGGACGACGUUGGAGCGCAAGACGCUGCUGCAAAGCGCUGGAAGGAGCAUCCAGUGUAUGGCACGACCCACACGCGUCUGUUGCCGCCCUCUGCAAAUUGGUACUGCUCAAAGAUCUGUGACUGGAGCGACAGCGACGUCUUUGGGCUGCUGUUCGCUUUUGGAGCAAAGAACAGUCUCUUCCUUUACCGCGUCGAAAGCAGCACAUGGACUGAUGGGUCUGCAGUUGCAGGAUCAGGAGUGCAAAUCUCGUUCUUUGCGCACUUGGUGCGUGGGAAACGCGACCGUCGCGUGACGUCGGUGCAGUUUCUGAUGGACACGACGGAGGAGCUGCGUUUGGUGUGCGGCGGAGAAGAAGGCAGCGUGCAGAUUUGGGACGUGGCGUCGUUGACGUUGAUUGAGCAACAUCGGAAACACAAGGCGGAAGUGAUGGCGAUUGCCUCGUCUGCUGCGUUGGACGCCAACUUUGUCGUGGCAGGAGAUCGGCAGGGACGGAUUAGUGCGUGGAAACGGGAUGUCGGAAAGGUGUCGAUGCUCAUGCCAAUCUCAGGCGACGCGGUUCACUCGAUGGCAAUGUCGCCGCAUGACAAAUCAUUAGUUGCUGUGGGGUAUCGCAGUGGCAGGCUAUGCCUUGUGGACGUGGAUAAAGGUAUCGUUCGUCACCACCUUGCUGGUCACGACCAAGAAGUUCAAUGUGUCGCGUGGAAGCCGACAGUUGGGAUUCGUCACGUUAUAGAAGAAGAAAAGAAGGUUACUGAUGGUGUGCUCUCUUCGUAUGAACAAGAAGUGUGGCUGGCUUCUUCAUCUCGGGACAAAACGAUUAAGGUGUGGAAAGUGUUUCUAAGUGCUGCGGAAGAACCGGGGUUAGAUCAGGUGCUUCGGCUUCCAACAGGAAAACAGGGUAUGUCAUUUUCCCAGACCAAGCAGAUCUGGUUGCCAAUAGCCUGGAGUUUAAGCUGUCCUCAGAAUCCAGCAGUCAAGCAUAAGCUGUGGUCAGGGUCUUUCGACGGCAGUUUGUUUUGUUGGGAAUGGAAUGCAUCUGAGACAAACACUCAGGAAAAGAAAGGAAAUAGUCGCUGGACACCGGAAUUGCGACUGUGGAAUGAAAAUGCGUGCUUGGAAUCUCCGGCAGCAGCAACAUGUGUCGAGAGGAUGACCGGAUUAGGUGGUCAUGCUUACAGCGUCUCGUAUAAUGCAGCAACCGGUAUUGUAGCCGCAGGUGUUGGGGAUCAGACCAUUCGGCUUUGGAAUGUAGGUACUGAGUCUGCAUCGUUAUCGAGUGGCUAUGAGUGCGAUCUGUUGUGGAAAGGGUUGCAGAGUAAAAUUACCUGCGUUCAAUGGCAUCCGUUCCAGCAGUCGUUAUUAGCUUACGGCAUGGACGACGGGCGCAUUGGGAUCUACAACGUCCAGGCCAAAACAUACAGCUAUUUUCGCACAAAGCACGAUCAUGAGGUGAUACAGCUUCAAUGGAUUAUUCAAAAGCCGAAAAAGACUGGUGCCGUAAACGAUGUAGAGAGCGUUUUCCUCGCAAGUAUCCGACAGCUGGAAGCUGCGCAGGUUGAAGGCCAGAGCCUUGAAGAGGCACUGACCAUUCAAGAAGACCAGUCGGGGAAGCUGCUUGAUGGGGAUGAAUCAAAGAUUACGCUGUGGAGCUGCGAUAUUCGUGGUGCUAUCCUGGAAUCAGACGUCGACAAUGUUGGCCGAAAGUCCCGGGAGGUUGCCCUGAAUAGCACUGCAUUCGAUUGGGACGAGCAGUUUGGGCAGGUCGCUAUCGGUCAAGCUGAUGGUGUUGUGAAGGUGAUGGAUUGCAAUGACAUUGCGAACGGUAAAGGCAUCGCGACACGUUGCUUUCACGAGCAUUUGGAGCCUGUAACGUGUCUAUCGUGGGGUAACGGUCUUGGCGGGGCCUUAUUAGCCUCUGGAGACCAAGACGGCAAAAUAUUUAUCUACAGCUGUCAAAGAUCUUCUGUCUCGCAAGUAAGCGCUACAGCCGUUGCUAACUCAGACGAAUAUGUGCAUGAAGCUAGUCUUCUUGGAACCCUCACAGGUCACUUGAACAAAAUCUCCAAUUUAAGGUGGUGUGUCAACGAAGGUCAGUCUUUUUUAGCCUCAAGUUCGGCUGAUGGAACCGUGCAGGUAUGGAAUCCAGUGUCCCUACAAAGACGGGCAGUUUUUAGCCACCAUGUCGGCCGUGUCCUAUCUCUAGAAUGGGUAUCACCUUACAUGCUUAUUACAGGCGGCGAGGACCAAACGUUGCGUAUUUGGGAUUAUCGAGACCAACCUAAAGACACGUUGCCCAAACUGAGAAAGCAUGACAAGGUAAGGCAGCCUCAAGAGGUGGAAGCAUUGCCAUGCUCACCAUUCGCAGACCGAGCAGCCGUGGAGGCCUGUAGAGCCGAUACGGCUGGUCACAAAAUGUCGCAACAACCGUAUUUGACGGACAAGUGUAACUCGCAGGGUCUGGCUGACGUGCCGACUAGGAAGAUGACAACGGGGGUUUUCCAUUCGGGAAAAGAAGCUCACUUCAGCCGAAAUCGCUUUGGCUUGUCGCAUUGUGAGCGGGGUGAAACAGGAGUCGCCGACGCCCUACGAAUUGUAGCGAAGGCAAACGCUUUGACACCAACUUGGCUUUCGUACGCUCCAGCAGCUGGCAUGGAUGUAUGGCGAGAGAUGACGUCCGUGUACGCCCACGAACUCGCAGUUCAGGGCGAUAGGAAAGCGGCAGCGUUUCACUUCCUUAGUAUUGCAAAAGUUCGUUCUGCUGUCGCUUGUUUGGUAAGUGGUGACGCUUAUGAGGAGGCUCUAGCGCUUAUUCGAUCGAAAUUGGGACCCGGUGAUCCCCUCCUCCACGACACCUUGUGGAAAUACGCUGACUUUCUCACCAAGCGCGGUCGUCAUGGGAAAGCAGCACUGGCACUUUUAAAUAUUGGCUCCAUCAAGGCAAAGUCGAGGGCAGCUCGUACGCUCGUGAAUUCAGGUGACAUGACCUGUAUUGGUGCUGCCCUCGAUGUGCUUCUAGGUGCGGUGGAAUGUCAAACGGAAUCCGGCGGACUGUGUGAUACAGACCGUGAAAACGAUGUCACGCACUUUGCGUUCCCAGGGAGCUUUUUUAUCUCAAUCGCCGGCCAAGCUCUUGUGGAAUCUCGGUUUGACAUUGCGGAAACUGCAGGACAGCUGCUUCAAUCUUCGCUAGUGGGAGGCUUGUCACCAGCAUCACAUCGGUUAACAGCGUGCCUGCUUGGUAUCGUAAGAAUCAUGCAUCAGCAUAGGCUAGCUUAUUAUGUACCCGCCGAAGCGGAUGAGACAGCUACGGGUCACCUGACUGACGACCUGCUUCAGUUUGAUGCGCCACAAUGUGUUCGCGAAUUUUUUGGGUUCUUGACAAGGUCACGUGCAGACAUCACGGAUGAUGAAGAUCGUCUGUCUGAUCAGUUGAUAAACGCACACACUUUUCCAGAGCUCCUAAAAGGGACGCGAACGAGGCAUUGGUUUGCAAACCGGGCUGACCAUUUCUGGCUGCAAAUACUGAGUGUUUGUCGGAAGUGUGGAUACUGGUUCGAUGUCGGUGGGAAAAGUCGUGUUCAGGAAGCUCAGGAAGUUCUAAUUGAAGCGAGCUGCUUUAGUGAGAUCGAAACAGCUGUGGCAAAACUUGCGCGUAAACCGGGAGAUGACAUGAAUGUGUGGUCGCUACCACUUUGUCAGAAAUUGUUACGGUUCGUGGUCGAGGCAAUCAGUACAAGUUUCAUCGGUGCUUUGGAGCAUAUGCGAGAGAUGUUCUCGUUUUUUGACACAAGGCGAGAUAGCAACGCCUUCAAGCAACGCAUCGUCAGCUUCUCAAGGAUGUCAAGAUUACUUCACUGGCGGUACUGCUUUUGCAAGCAACACCACUUCUUGAUAACGUCACAGCCAUUGAUGAAAAAAAACGUGGGUUCUCUAGUUCCACCGGUAUUGCAUCAACUUCGCGUGUGGUUCUUACAUGACGAAGCAACGGCACCACUUGGUCGACAUGUGCUGGAUGCUGAGACUCGGUUGCAGUUACAAGCGCUACUCGAUGAAGUGUUCGUGGCAGUAUGUGGACAUACUAGUAGCCGAGAGAAAGACAAAGGCUGCUGUGCUGAUGAGCAGCAAGCCGGACUCAAUCAAGGUGAUGCGUGUCUAUUGAGAAAGCAGACUUUGCUCGAUGACAUCGAUGACAUCAAACAGCGUCUUACAUCGAACGAAGAUAGUGGCGAACAGUGA